CAAAUAUUUUUUGGGAGUUGGCAACUCUGUGACAAUCAUUGAUUGAAUUUGAUUGGGAUUUGGGAGUGAAGAUUAGGGAAAACAAAUAGAAUAGUAUUAAUAAUUAUUAUUUUAAGCUUUAUCCAAAAACCUUGUCGUGAAGUAUUCAAUAUGCAAUAUGGAACUAUACUAGUCAUCAAUAAAUGAGAUUAAUAAAUUAAGCUAAAUAAAUAAAUUGUUGCACGAUGGGCUCGGAGCAGUCAUCAGUGCCUCCGAAGAAGCAGUCACAGAGAGCACCUCUUGUGCGUCGAGGACACACUAUAGCAGUGUCUAAUGUACAAGAUGGUUCUAAAAGUGACACGACGACUAGCGGUAACAACUCGCCGGGUGCGAGUGUGUGCUCUGACUCGGAAUUGCCGUACAUCUCUUACACUGUAGACAGACCUAUAGGUGAUUCGCCAAAAACCUUGUCGAAAAGCGCCCGCGCAGUCGACAAGAAGUCCCUCCAGCGUCGCCACACGAGCGCGGGCUCGGCGCCGCAACGUCGCGGGCGGCGAGUUAGAGAUAUUGUGGUGGUGAAAAAAGCUGCCGACGAACAGCUUGAUGAGGAUAUCAGGAGGUUGCAGGAAAUUCCCACCUUUCUGCCCAUAAUGCGUGGAACACUCGGCCUGCCAGGUGCCAGAGACCCAGAAGUAUUAGAAGGUCUUGACUACAAGCCUUGGGUGCGACUGACCACGCGCCUGCAAGCCCAUCUUGCUGCGUGCGCACAUCCUUUGGCCGCGGAGGAACUCAGCCUUGCUGCCAAAAUUAAAGAGACGGAGACUGAAGCGUGGCGCAUACAUUCGGCACUAGUUGAACGACAGCGGAACAACGCUCGACACGCUGAAAGACUUGCGCGUGCGCACCAGCUUGCGCAUCAUUUGUCGCGCUCGCGCUCUUUACUGGAACAGACAUUGCAAGACAUAGAGGAGUUAAACAAUCUGUUACCAGAAGACAAGAGAUUAGAGCCGUUCGUGUGGAACGAAGAGACAGUGACCUCGGAGACGAAACCUUGAAAGACGAUUCUGGGAGUUAAGGGGUUUCUGUAUUUGGAUCCCUCAGUCCAGAUAUUUUGGAUCAGACAUUCAUCAUUGUGAUGAUGUAAACGAAGGCCUGAGUCAUGAAGAAUAAUAAAUAUACUACAUAUAGUGAA